AUGGCUCGUGUGAUCUGCUGUCGUCAGGGCAGAGGAGAGAAUUUAUGCUCCACUGAAGAAGCUCAUCAAAAAUUUAUGAAAAUUUAUCCCAAGAUCUUCAUUAAAAAAAAGCCCAUAUUGCCAGGUAUUCCUGAAAAAAGAACAACGGGGGUACAUUCCUGCAAUUUCUGCACUGAUGCUGUAACUGCUGAAAGUUUUCAUAACAUACAUUUCUAUUUGAAUAAGAUGAAAAGUCCCGAUAGGUUGCAGCCCAGCUUUCCAAAAUCCCGAGAGAGUGUGCACAAUUUAAUAAAAAUACUCAAGAAAAUACCUAUUCUAAGAACUGAAGAAGAACACGAGACUGUCUAUAAAAUAAUGAAAAUCAUUCCUGAUAUUAAUAAGCAAUUAUCUGAAGAACAGAUAAAGGAAAUCAGCAAAGUAGUUCUAAGAGAAUACUGGGUGAAGGAAAGUACAGUGGAUGCAAACCAAGGAUUCUACAUUAUACUUAGAGGCUCUGUUAAGCCACAGUCAAAGUAUUAUAAAAGACUUAUUGGAGGACAGUUUAUUUCAGUGCCUCCUCAGGCGACUUCUGCUACCAAUGAAUCAAACCCAACUCAGGUAGCAUCAUCUGAUGUGCUUGGUGUAGGGUGCUGUUUUGGGACUUUGGUACCACUCCCUUCAAAGAUGAAACAUGGUGUACUUAGUGUUCUUACGGAAGAAAACUGUGAUUUUAUCAAAAUUCCAUCCAUUACUUACUUAAGGGUAAAAGAGGAAAUAGCAAAACAUGAACUGCAGGCCAAAGAAGAAGUAAUCCGUGGCUGUCCAUAUUAUCAAAACUGGCCGCUGAUAUUUAUAUUUAAGCUAACUGCUCAGUUAAAAUGGAGGAAGUUUCCAACAGACUAUGUGUUUAUGGAAGAAGGAGUAAUAAGCAAAUACGUAGGAUUCAUUAAGUCUGGACACUGCAAUGCUUACCGAAUAAUUCCAGCUCUUGUAAAGCGACCUUUGGAGAAAAUGGUUAAGCAAAUGAGGCAAGUUUUCAUUGGCCAGUUACAUCGAAACCAAUCCUUUGGAGAAAUGAGUGUUCUUCUUCAGACACCAUCUACAUAUACACUGAAAGCAGCAACUCCUAUUGAACUGGGAGUUAUUAAUGCUACAGAUGUGCUUGCUUUAGAUCCAGUGAUACAGUUGCUCCUUCUACAAAUAAUACAACCAUCAUUUGAAAAUAUCACUUUUGAAGAUCUCAAGUUUAAAUACAUUAACAAUAAAAAACAAAUGGAAUGGAGACACAAAAAGGUAGCCAAGAAGUGA